UAAACGGAUGUUUUGAUAAAACUUUGCAGCUGAAUGCUCAAAUUCACGAUGAAUGUUCACCUUUUUUUGGAUUCUUCUUUCAUCGUGGCGGCGGCACGCGAGGAAAACAAAGUUUUCUUUACGACUUUAAGGCAACACGCGACUGCUAUUCAUCCAAGGCAGAGGACCGGCUCUUCAGGAAACUGUUCAGAAGAUAUAACCAGUUCAUCAGACCGGUGGAGAAUGUCUCUGAUCCCGUCACUGUGGAGUUUGAGGUCUCCAUCUCGCAGCUGGUCAAAGUUGAUGAAGUGAAUCAGAUCAUGGAAACAAAUUUAUGGCUCAGACAUAUUUGGAACGACUACAAGCUGCGGUGGAAGCCGGCAGAGUUUGACGGGAUUGAGUUCAUUAGAGUCCCAUCGAACAAGAUCUGGAGACCCGACAUCGUGCUCUACAACAAUGCUGUAGGUGAUUUCCUGGUGGAGGAUAAGACCAAGGCUCUGCUGAAGUUUGAUGGCACCAUCACCUGGGUUCCUCCAGCCAUUUUCAAGUCCUCCUGCCCCAUGGACAUCACCUACUUCCCCUUCGACUAUCAGAACUGCUCCAUGAAGUUCGGCUCCUGGACGUACGACAAAGCCAAGAUUGACCUGGUACUUAUAGGAUCGAAGGUGAACCUGAAAGACUUCUGGGAAAGUGGCGAGUGGGAAAUCAUCGAUGCCCCAGGCUACAAACAUGACAUCAAGUACAACUGCUGCGAGGAGAUCUACCCAGACAUCACUUACUCCUUCUACAUCCGGCGGCUGCCACUCUUCUACACCAUCAACCUCAUCAUCCCCUGCCUCCUCAUCUCUUUCCUCACAGUGCUGGUUUUCUAUCUCCCGUCCGACUGUGGAGAGAAGGUCACGCUCUGUAUCUCCGUCCUGCUCUCCCUCACUGUGUUCCUGCUCGUUAUCACGGAGACCAUCCCCUCCACGUCGCUGGUCAUCCCGCUCAUUGGAGAGUACCUGCUCUUCACAAUGAUAUUUGUCACGCUCAGCAUCGUCAUCACCGUGUUCGUGCUCAACGUACACUACCGCACGCCAAUGACCCACACUAUGCCGAGUUGGGUGCGCUCUGUGUUUCUUAAAGUGCUGCCGAGGAUUAUGCUGAUGCGGAGACCGAUUGAUGAAGACACCAAGGCUGGGGGGUUGGACAGCAGUGGGGAGGCAGGAGGAGCUGGAGGGGGAGGAGGAGGCGGAGGAGGGAAAGGAGGAAAGAAAAGGAAGAAUAGCUUGAUGCAGCAGGUUGGAGGAGGCUCUCUGAACUGUCUGGAGUUUGGGGACAGUAAGCUUUCAUCUGUUGAGGGCUGCACUGGGAAGAAAUGCCCUUGCCCCUGCCAGCACGGGAAGGAGACCCCAGAAACACCAGAUAUGGGGAAGAUAUCCCGCCAGCUGAGUCCACAGAGCAUCAACACGGUGGUGGCCUUUUCUGUGGUGUCACCUGAGAUCAAGCAGGCCAUCGAGAGCGUCAAGUACAUCGCUGAGAACAUGAGGAGUCGCAACAAGGCCAAAGAAGUGGAGGAUGACUGGAAGUACGUCGCCAUGGUGAUCGAUAGAAUCUUCCUUUGGGUGUUUGUGACGGUGUGCGUCCUGGGAACCGUGGGCCUCUUCCUCCAGCCGCUUUGUGGCUUCGUCUCAUAA